AUGUCCACCAGCAGCACAGGCACCCACCAAAGGCCGAAUCUCUGGUCGUACGUGAGCUUUUCGUCGGCUCGUAACCGCGCAUCCUCCCUCACAUUCCCAAAGCGCGAAGAUCGCGAUCCGCACGAGAAACCAGACCGUCACAGACAAAGACCCGAGUCCAUGCAGGAGAAACUGCAAUCCGCGUGGAUGAAUCAAGGCACGAGGGCACGGUAUAUCAAGACCGGCUGCUUGAUAUUUUUCGUGCUUGCCAUGCUAUACUACAUUGUACCAGGAGGACGAUAUGCGGGCUCAAUAGUACCUGGCGCGGGCAAGUUCCCUGGUGGAGACGUUGCUAGCGAUCCCUCAGUAGCGACUUCGAAAUGCACGCGCAGCUACUCGAAAGACAAGCCCUUGAUUCAAUAUGCGCUUAUGAUUGAUGCCGGCAGCACCGGCAGCAGAAUUCAUGUUUACAAGUUCAACAACUGCGGACCUACACCAGAGCUCGAGGAUGAAAUCUUCGAGAUGACGGCGAAGAAAGAGGGCGGAUCUGGAUUGAGCAGCUACAAGGGCGAUGCUGAAGGUGCGGCUAAGAGCUUGGAUGUGCUGAUGGAUGUUGCGGUGAAGAAUGUGCCCGACAAAUUGAAGGGCUGCACACCGGUCGCUGUCAAGGCAACGGCUGGUCUGCGGAAACUUGGUCCUGAGAUGAGCGAUGCGACUCUCAAGGCUGUGCGGAACAGAUUGGAGACUCAGUACCCAUUCCCAGUUGUUAGUGAAGAGAAGGGCGGCGUAGAAGUCAUGGAUGGCAAGGACGAGGGUGUGUACGCCUGGAUCACCACCAACUAUCUCCUCGGCAAGAUUGGCGGUCCUGACAAGACUCCGACAGCCGCGGUGUUUGAUCUUGGUGGUGGUAGCACCCAGAUCGUGUUCCAGCCAACGUUCAAGGAAGCCGCAGACGGGGGUAUGCCGGAGCAGAUGCAAGAGGGUGAUCACAAGUACGAGUUGAGCUUCGGCGGACGAGACUUCACGCUCUACCAACACUCAUACCUUGGCUACGGAUUGAUGGAAGCACGAAACAACUUGCAUCGUGUGGUUGUUGAGGGCAUGUACGAGAACAACCAGGAGUCGACACUCUGGCUGAACAAGCCUGUGUCGAACCCGUGCUUUGGUAUCGGAAUGAGCAAGGAGGUUGAGGUGCCUCUGAGCGAAGGGCAUCCUCUUGGCAAGACUGUCACUGUCAACAUGACUGGCCCGCAAGUUGGAAGCCCGGCGCAAUGCCGUGCGUUGGCUGAGAAAACCCUUAAGAAGGAAGCCGACUGCAAGCUUGCACCGUGUGCUUUCAACGGUGUCCACCAACCAAGCCUUGAGAAGACAUUCUCUCGAGAAGAUGUCUACCUCUUCUCCUACUUCUAUGACCGCACCCAACCGCUCGGCAUGCCGGAAUCCUUCACCCUCAGAGAAUUGAAGGAUCUCACGGCACGAGUGUGCCAAGGCGGAGACGCAUGGAAGGUCUUCCAGUCCGUUCCCGGAGCCAUGGAAGAGCUCGAGGACCGACCAGAGACCUGCUUGGACCUGAAUUUCAUGUUGGCGUUGUUGCAUACCGGCUAUGAGAUGCCAAUCGACAGAGAAGUCAAGAUCGCGAAGAAGAUCAAGGGUAAUGAGCUGGGAUGGUGUUUGGGAGCGAGCCUGCCUCUGCUUAGCCAGACGUCGGGCUGGAAAUGUAAAGUAUCGCAGGUAUCAUAG